UCCACGCCGGGAAGGGGCUGUGGGGGAGGGAGGCGGUUAGCAGACUUUAGCGCCUUUUCUGGCGGCGGUAGAUUUGAAGCGCUGUGGAGGACCGGACCCCGGCACGAGGAGACUACCGGUGCAGGCCCAGUAGGAUUGGAUCAGUUGUCCUUGAUUUUUGUCUUUCUUACUUUAAAGAUUGAAGUUUUGGAGCCAUGGGAAUAAAGGUCCCACGUCCUCGGUGUUUUUUUGAUAUUGCCAUUAACAAUCAACCUGCUGGAAGAGUUGUCUUUGAAUUAUUUUCUGAUGUGUGCCCUAAAACAUGCGAGAAUUUUCGUUGUCUUUGUACAGGUGAAAAGGGCACGGGGAAAUCAACCCAGAAGCCAUUGCAUUAUAAAAGUUGUCUUUUUCACAGAGUUGUCAAGGAUUUCAUGGUUCAAGGUGGUGACUUCAGUGAAGGAAAUGGACGAGGAGGGGAAUCUAUUUAUGGAGGAUUUUUUGAAGAUGAGAGUUUUGCGGUUAAACACAACAAGGAAUUCCUCUUGUCAAUGGCCAACAGAGGGAAGGAUACAAAUGGUUCACAGUUCUUCAUAACAACUAAGCCUACUCCUCAUUUAGAUGGGCAUCAUGUUGUUUUUGGGCAAGUGAUCUCUGGUCAAGAAGUUGUGAGAGAAAUAGAAAACCAGAAAACAGAUGCAGCUAGCAAACCAUUUGCUGAAGUACGGAUACUCAGUUGUGGAGAGCUAAUUCCCAAAUCUAAAGCUAAGAAAGAAGAAAAGAAAAGGCACAAAUCGUCCUCUUCGUCGUCGUCCUCAUCUUCCAGCGAUUCUGAUAGCUCAAGUGAUUCUCAGUCCUCGUCUGACUCUUCUGAUUCCGAAAGUGCUUCUGAAGAGAAAUCCAGAAAGAGAAAAAAGAAGCAUAGAAAAAAUUCCCGAAAACACAAGAAGGAAAAGAAGAAGCGAAAGAAAAGCAAGAAAAGCGCAUCCAGUGAAAGUGAAGCUGAAAAUCCUGAAGCACAACCCCAGUCUACCGUACGCCCAGAAGAGAUCCCUCCUAUCCCAGAAAAUAGAUUCCUAAUGAGAAAAAGCCCUCCUAAAGCUGAUGAGAAAGAGAGAAAACCCAGAGAGAGAGAGAGAGAAAGAGAGUGUAAUCCACCUAACUCCCAGCCUGCUUCCUAUCAGAGGCGACUAUUAGUCACGCGGUCUGGCAGGAAAAUCAAAGGAAGAGGACCAAGGCGUUAUCGAACUCCUUCUAGAUCCAGAUCAAGGGAUCGUUUCAGACGUAGUGAAACUCCUCCACAUUGGAGGCAAGAGAUGCAAAGAGCUCAGAGAAUGAGAGUAUCCAGUGGAGAAAGAUGGAUCAAAGGGGAUAAGAGUGAGUUAAAUGAAAUAAAAGAAAAUCAAAGAAGUCCAAUUAGAGUAAAAGAGAGAAAAAUAACUGAUCACCGACAUGUAUCUGAGAGUCCUAACAAAAAAAGUGAAAAAGAACAGAAAGUUAAAGACCAUAAAUCUAGUAGCAAAGACAGAGACAUCAGAAGAAAUUCUGAAAAAGAUGAUAAGUAUAAUAAAAACAAAGUGAAGAAACGGGCCAAAUCUAAAAGUAGGAGUAAGAGCAAAGAGAAAUCAAAGAGUAAGGAAAGAGAUUCCAGGCACAAUCGACACGAAGAUAAGAGGGUGAGAUCAAAGAGUAAAGAACGAGAUCAUGAAAGUGUUAAAGAGAAAGAAAAGCAGUCAGAGUCUAAAGGGAAGGAUCAGGAACGGAGUAGGAGUAAAGAGAAGUCUAAACAGGUAGAAUCCAAGAGUAAUGAGCAUGAUCAUAAGAGUAAGGAGAAGGAUAGACAUGCGCAGUCCAGGAGUAGGGAACGGGAUCUACCUAAAAGCAAACACAGUUACAAUAGUAGAACCAGGGACCGAAGCAGAAGCAGGGACAGGAGCAGAAGGGGGCGAUCGAGAAGCCAAGACCGAGAUCGCAGCCGCAGCAAAGAGUACCAUCGACACCGAGACCGAGAGUACAGGAGGCGAGGGAGGUCCCGGAGCAGAGAGAGAAGAGCAUCACCAGGAAGAUCUAGAAGCAAAGACAGGAGGAGGAGGAGGAGAGACUCUCGGAGCUCAGAGAGAGAAGAAAGUCAAAGUCGAAACAAGGACAAAUACAGAAACCAAGAAAGUAAGAGUUCACACAGAAAAGAAAACUCGGAAAGUGAGAAGAGAAUAUACUCUAAGAGCCGCGAUCAUAAUAGUUCAACUACUAACAGGGAGAAAAAGGCUGACAGAGAGCAGAGCCCAUUCUCAAAAGCUAAACCAAGUAGUAAGGACAGUGAGUUGAAGUCAUCCACCUUGAAAACCAAGGAGGAAGAGAAAACGAGAUCCUCAGUGGAAAGAGAAACCAACCCAAAAUCAAAGGGUCAAGAAAAUGACCACGCACAUGACAAAAAUAAAAAAUUUGAUCACGAAUCAAGCCCUGGAACAGAUGAAGACAAAAGUGGAUGAGUUUUUAACUAUUAGAACACAGCUCAAGGGGUUCCGAUGAGGGAUGACAACCAACUAGAUGUUAUCUUCAGAACGUGGUAUCAUUAAGAUUUCUUGUAUCUGGAUCGCACACAACUCGACUGCUGUUAGCCUUUCAUUCUAUGUGUAAUGGUGAUGCGUUUUAAUGUUUUACGUGGACAUGCCGCUGUCCUAAUGAUCGAUAGUUCUUUCCUGUUGGAUUAUUUUUUAACAGUUUAACAUUACCUUUGACUUUAAGACCCUUUAAAAAAUAUUUUUACUUAAUGGCUUGAUUUUGCUCAAUUGAAGACAUGUAAACUUUUGUGUGUGUGUAAAAUAUUUUGGGAGAUACGCUGUGUGACACUAGAGAAAAAUUAAUGUUGAUCAAAUGAGCAGUAGAGAGUUCACUGGGAUUGCCCUAAAACUAAAUGACCUUUGAUCUGGUGCCCAGUAAAAGGGCACCAGUAAAUAUUCUUUUAGAUGAGGGUACAUCAAAAAGCGUUGCUCCUGGGACUCCAGAUCAUACAGGCUCAAGUUUAUUUCCAUAAAAAUCAUGUGGAGGUCUGCGAUUAGUAACGGCUGCAAGACAUUCUCGUUGAUGUACUUUUCUUCGUCUCUUUAUGGUGCCUUCCCCCAAAAAGGGGGUCCAACCCAAACAGCGACAACUUUCUGGAGGACUCCAAGGGGUAAUCUUGGUAGAUUUUUUUCAAAGGCAAGACAGUCACAGGGGCUUAAUUAUGAAGAAAUUUUAAGAAAACUUCAAAGUACAUUGGUGAUUUAAAAUCUAGGAUAGUUGCACAAGGAAUUAUUUCCAUCACACUAACACGUGCUCAUUUUCUGAGGGCAGCAGGGGCUGUCCUAUGAAAGUCACUGGGAAACCCUACUGCGCCAGCCCUACAGCCUUCAACCUUCCCACGACCGCACUCUGUUCAGGAAGGGUGGGACGUGUCUUGUGCAUGGGGUUGCUCUGGGUCAGAGCCGACUCAAUGGCACCUCACAGUGCCAGUGCUUCUUGGGAGGAGCACAGCUUGAUUCAGGGAAAGGUUAGAGAAAUGGAACCCCUUCCGAAGUGCACAGACCCAGGGGAGACAGCAGUUUCACCUUGUUCAGUAAUGGUUUCUAUGACUUUGCAGCAACACUUUUUCCACUUACCCUCACAUUACGAGGGGGCACAUUUGGCUGCUGGUAGUUUGAGCAGUGAUGUUAACUGGUAAUUGAUUUACUUUUAAGUUAGUGUGUGCUUUCAGUAGGCUCACUUUACUCCAGGUAAUAAUUUUCAUCACUCUUUCAACUUGAGUGAAAAUUUUAUUUUUUUUUAAUUUUUUUUUUUUGAGUGAAAAUUUUAUAUCGAAACCUGUUUGUCUCCCCUAGUAGGUUAUCAUACAAUUAGAUUUUAGAGCUCUAAAAGUAUAUAUGCUUUGUCUCCUUUUUGUCAUUUUAAUGAUUCAGUUUAAGCUUCAUACUUUGGCAGUUGACUGAACCCUCCAAGGAUUGUAGGUUGGUGUCCUGUUUGUUGUGAAAAGACCCGUUUUGUUACAUACUAAGAUCAGCCCCAGCAAAUUCUGACUAGCAGCGUGACUGGCGUACCCAUCAUAGUGGGCUUCCCUGCAGGAGAAUUGGCUGGAUGUAAACUCUGGCCUGUAGUGAUACGCAAGAUAGAAGUAAUAAAGGAAAAAAUCACAGGAAUGAGAAAAUUUCACUAGCUAGGCUGGAGAAGGAAAUUGUUCAAGGUUCUUGUUUAUCUUUGCUGCAGGUGGGGGUGUACAUUUGUUUCUGCCCUUUUUAUUUUCUAGAAAAUAACACGUUACCAAAAGAUAGGGGGUGUAUUCUCUUGCCCUUGUACGUGCUUGUAGCAUUUGGAAAGAGUGGUAAAUGAGUUCGGUGGCUGUGUGUCGGGAUGUUGCAGGUUUUUAGCUGCUCUUUGUGGAAGGGAAGAAAUACGUGAAGUUUAAUGCACUUUUUCCUCGCUCAAAAGUCACUGUGAUGUAUAUUUUUUAAAAUAUUUAGAAAUACAGCUUUCUUCUCAAUUAUAAAAAUAGUUUCAAAUGCUAUUUCUUAGUGUUAGUAACAACUGUUUUCUGCAAACUUCAUUUUACAAAACUGAAAACUUCCACAAACUGUAUUAACUUUUAUAGUUACACAUUGUAUCAAAUAAGCUACUAUAAUAAACAGGAUUUUUUUGGUAUUCUUAAAAUUGUUGUGUUCAAUGUUUAUUUUUAUUAAAAGCCAAGUAAUGAAGACAAAAUAAAAAAUAGUUUUAUUUUACUCGAGAUAUGGAAGUAUUUGUAUUAUAUAAUGCAACAAAGAGUUUUAACAUUUUAACAAGAAGUGACAGUUUCCAGGAAGAGAUUUGGGAAAGAAGUUUUAGUGUAAAUAUUUAUUCAUAGUGCAUCAAGUUUCAGUGUCUUUUGUCUCAGCAAACUUCUAAGAUCCAACUUGGAUUUGCUUUACUGUCAACUGGAAGAGUACUAUUUGCUUAAUUCCUCUAAAUUUUUCAGCAUUGGAAACAAUAAACUCUUGAUUCCUAGUUUAAAUAUAGCACUUACCAUUGUGAAGCCAUAUGAAUGUUAAUUUUACUUUUGCAAAAUCUAAUUGGAGUUGGGGUGUUUGGGGGGAGAACGGUGUUGGUUUUGUUUCUACAUAAAUGAGGCAUUUAGAGAAAAUGUACAUACUUCUUGAUGACAGUCGUUGAAACUGAUCACCUAGUCAGACAUUCUGACCAUCCAGUGGGCUGUAUGUGGUAACACGUGACGAUGAAGUGUUUUUAAGCUAUAGCCAAGAGAGCACAUAAAAUGUGAGUGCUUUCUAUGGACUUUGCAAAUUACGUAUUAAAAUACUUUUAGCAUCAA